AUGUUGCUCCUUGACCUACCUCAUGAACUGCUUCUCAACAUUUGGGAUACCUUGGACACGACUAGUGACAUGAACGCUCUUGUGCGAACAUGCCAUUAUUGUUAUGACAACCUCAACCCACUCCUUUACCGAUACAUCAUCCAUCACUUAGACCAAUGUGACGCUUUCGAAUGGGCCGCUGAGCAUGGCCCGGUAGAGACAUUACACAAACUAUUAAACACCAGCAUUAACGCUUCCAAUUGGGACGGGCUGUCUCCACUCGAUCCAGCAGCAAGACAUGGACGGGCGGAUAUCCUACAUGUGCUUAUCGAAUACGGCUUUAGCCCCAAUACGUAUGACAGUUGCGUACGAACGCCUCUGCACCAUGCAGCUACUUAUGGCUAUCCGGAAUGUGCUCGGAUUCUGUUGGAGGCAGGGGCAGACUUGAACUCCAUCGAUGACAAAGAGUAUACUCCUUCAUCUCUGGCGGUUUUCAAUGGCCAUGCCGAUGUUCUUGCUUUGUUGCUUGAUAGGGGAGCUUCAAUAGACAUCAAGUUGAUCGAAGACGACACUCCACUACGUUUAGCUGCGCGAAUGGGGUUUGAAGAGCUGGUGGCCCUUCUCUUGGAGAGAAAUGCCGCGGUCGAUGGCGUGAGGAAUGGAAUGCCUGGAUCUCCACUAAUAUGGGCAGCUCGGGCCGGUCACUUGGAGAUAGUCAGACAGUUGCUGGAUGCUGGUGCUGACCCCAAUUUCUUUCAUUUUGGCCAAGCCCCCCUUCACUGGGCUGCGCAUAUGGGCCAUGAGCCUGUCGUGGCUCUUCUACUCGAGAGAGGCGCUACUGCUGACCUGUCCGACAUCCAUGGAAAUACGCCGUUAUGUCGAGCAUGUUAUUCACUCUCCAUGAAUGAACGAGUCGUGGAGCUGCUUUUGAAAGAGAAUGUGAACGUGGACAAGAAAAAUGAUGACGGUAAAACGCCGCUUUCGAUUGCCGCGUGUCGGGGUUUCUCGAAAGCUGUCUGUUAUCUUCUGAGACAGGGGGCCGAUCCUAAUUUAAUCGACAAUGAUGGCUUGAGUCCUCUUUUCAUCGCGGCACAUUAUGGUCACGCUCAAACUGUCCUCGAUUUGCUCGACGGCUAUGCCCCACCAACAGCAUCCACCAAUAAUUGUGGCACGCCUUAUGGAGAGAAAACCCCUGGAUGGGAGAAGUACAUUGAUGCCACUGACCCUUUAAAUCGCACCCCGUUAUUCCUUGCGACUCUGUAUGGGCACGAGGAAGUCGUGCGCGUCCUGUUGAGUAGAGGAAGCUCUGCGAUGAAUCAUGCAACCAGUGCAGGCAGGACCGCACUUUCUGUUGCCCAAGACCAAAGUAAUAAUCCGACAAACUCCGAUAGAGAGCGCAUGAACUCAAUAUUGGCAUGCCUUCGUGACCCGUCCCAUAUCGAUGUGGAUCUUGAUAACCUCGAAGGCUUGUCAAAGGCGGCAGAAGGGGACAACGGUGGGGAGGUGGUUUGUGAUAGUUGCUCUCUUGCGAUUUCCGUGUAUGACACGCAUUAUCACUGUGCCUUUUGCAACGAUGAUGACUAUGAUAUUUGCUUGGAAUGCGUUGCCGUCGGCGCAACAUGCUACGAUCCCACGCAUGAUUUACGCCAUUUAAGAAUGGUGGACGGCAGCUGGACUGCUGUCACUGAGAACUCUACUGAACAGCAAACCUUUGAAAUUCCGAUUAGGUAG